AUGUUCAAUUCCGAAUACGUUAGUUACUGUGUCAACGAAAAGGCGACCAUGCCUUUCUUCAGGAUCCUACUUUUGGACAGCGACGGCGGCUGUUCAUAUCUGCACCUGACGACCUCUCGCGAGAUAUCCGUUCAAUCGCCGUCUACCAUGUGCAAAGGCGACAGUGUUAGCGAAUGCUUUGCUUCGAACAGAGCCGACAUAGUGCAAGUGUAA